AUGAGAGUUGGAGAGAAAGAAGAACCAAAAAGUUUUAAAAAGAGGAAAUCCUACCUUACAUCUGUUUCAACAAGACAAGCACAUAAAAUGGACAACAGUAGCAGCAAGCCAUUUAUGGUGACUUCCUCAUUAAAUGUUAAAGUCACCACCCCCUCAUUCUACAACCAGCCAAAGAAGUUUGCCUCCGUAGCACCUCCACGACCCAAGAGCCAGACUCCCCCCUCAGCUCCAUCACCGACCCCAGCCAGCACCGCGGUGAUCGGCCGAGUGGGAGACCUGCCCCCUCCUCCACCAACAAUUGACGACUUCCCACCUCCACCUCCGCCUCCACCUGCUGAUGAUGACCUGCCAGCCCCUCCCCCUGAGUGUAACUUGUCUCCCUCGCGUGAUGCCCCCGCGUUCCCUGCCCCUCCCCCCGUGGUGGAUGAUCUGCCUCCUCCUGCAGAUGAUCUGCCCCCUCCAGUUCUGUUUGAGGCCAGUGUACCCACCUGCCCCUCUCCCCCACCACCUCCACCACCUCCUCCUAUUCCAGCUUCUGCGAGCAGUGUGGUAACCCCAGCGAGACACAUGGAGAAACAGACAAGCUUUGAUAAACAGCUGGACUCUCUGACCGACCUGUUGUCUGAAAUGGAGACCAGAGGACCCUUCAACCCGAAGCUGCCAAACCAGUAUUCAUCACCAGCAGCCCCCAAGCCUGCAGCCCCACCUCCCACUGCUCCUAAGCCUGUGCUGUCCUUCCUUCCUCCUCCAGAGAUGGGUGACCGCCCACCUCCUGCUCCCUGGGCUGAAGAGCUCAAAGCCAGGACCAACAGGCCCUCAGCCCCCCCUGUAGCUCCCAAAACCGCUUUUGGAGGCAAACCUGCAACUUCAGCCGCCUCCAUCGCACAAAAACUGAACCAGAGUUUAAGCCAGAAUAGCAAUGGCAGCACACAAAAGGCCAGUCCACCUCCUCCAGCCACCAGCGCUUUCUCUCAUCCUCCUAGAGCGGCACCUGCGAUGGCUCCAGCGGCACCUGCGAUGGCUUCAGCGGCACCUCCGAUGGCUCCAGCUGCACCUCCGAUGGCUCCAGCUGCACCUCCGAUGGCUCCAGCUGCACCUCCAGCUCUGAUUAGUCCCUUCAACAAGAAUACCACCACUGUUCCUCCCUCUAAUCAAACUCGAGGAUCCCUGUUUGGUAGUCAACUCAACGCAAACCAAAACACUGCUGCUGCGCCUCUGACCAAGACAGUGACCCCUCCACCCGUGUCCUUCAACAAGCCAAUGAAAUCUCCCCCUUCGUCAACGCCCUCUGUCACAGGUCAAAUUGGAGGCGUUCCUCUGAACAUGAGGGAGGUGGAGGAGCUGGAGAAGAUGACGCAGGAUUUCAUCAAAAACAUGGACGCACACGCUCCAGUCAUCACCUCUCCUCCGACAGAGGUGUGUGGAAAAUGUGGAGAUUCGUUGUCCCGUUCACAACCCGCAGUGAGGGCCAUGGACAAACUCUUUCAUUCCAACUGUUUCUCCUGCCUAAGCUGCCAUCGCCCCCUGCAGGGCAUGCAGUUCUACGACAGAGAUGGCUCCCCUGAGUGUGAAGACUGCUACAUGAAUUCUCUGGCGGUGUGCUCCAGAUGUGGGGAGAGGAUCACAGACCGCGUGCUCAAAGCUGUGGGCCAGUGUUUCCACUCCCAUUGUUUCCGCUGCAGUACCUGCUCCUGUGUCCUAGAGGGGGCGCCCUUCAUCACAGAUGACAACAACAACCCUUACUGUGUACAGGACUACCACAGGCGUUUCUCUCCUCUGUGCGUGAGCUGCAAUGAGCCCAUUAUUCCAGCUCCGGGCAGCGAGGAAACUGUGCGAGUGGUGGCCCUCGACAGAAACUUUCAUCUGAAGUGUUAUCGUUGUGAGGACUGUGCGCGGCCCCUGUCCAUCGAGGCUGAUGAGAACGGCUGCUACCCUCUGGACGGCCGGAUCCUGUGCAUGAAGUGCCACACUCAGAGAGCCAAGCAAGCAGCAUAG